AUGCGCCCAGCAGCCACAAGCGAGAGCGAUGAGGACACUCGACAGAAGCCCAAAGCGCGCGCCAAGCCAGUCACACAGUCGCGCAAGCUGAGCCUUGAAGAACGAAUGGCGGACAUCCUCAAGCGCCACGGAAGUGCGCUCGCUGACGCGGUGGCUCCGUCAUCUGUCGAGGUGUCGGCUGCUGCCUCUGUGCCCAAGGAGCCUCCGGCAGUAGAACUAGCGCCACCGGCGCAACAGCCUUCGUCUGAUGAGUCUUCCGACUCGCUCGGAAUGGAAUCGGCAGACUUCGAGGUUGGUGGGUACGCCAAAAAGCCUUUCACCAAGGCCAGCGUUGAGGCACCAUUCACUGUCGAUGCCGCGUUCACGUCGGCGCCCGCAGAGACGUUCCGGUACGCAGACGUUGCAGCUGACAAGCCUGCCGAGACAGAGACGUUGGCUCCCUUUGAAAGCGCGUUUGCCAAGAUGAAGAAUCUAUUCUCGCUCGAGUCAUCGCUUGAGAAAGAGGUGCCUCCAGUGGAGACGAGCGACGCCUACGACGACGAGUUCGAAGCAACACCAGAUGCUACGGAGGACAAUGACAUGGACAUGUACGACGACGACGGCUUCGAGGAAUCGGCCGACGCGAGUGGAAUGACGCCGCCGCUGUCACCGCCGCCGCCCCCACCCCCCGUGAAUUUUGAGCCCGACGAGGCCAGUCCUCCUGCAUCGCCUGGCCCCCCACCACCUCCCGAGCUUCCUCUCGCUGACGCGAUUGACCAAGUGUACCGACGUUGA